UAACCAAUUUAAACGUAAACUUCAUUGGGGUGACGUCAGAGUUUGACGUCCCUAGGGAUGCCGUAUUGCAAGGACCUAUAUCUCACCAAGACAACACGUCGGAAUCAACACAUUUAUAGGGAAGGAAACGCUAGACAGACAGUUUGUAAAAAGGUAUCCGUCAUGGAGGUUACAGAAAAGGUGAUGCCCAAAAACGCCCAGCUGCUAUCUCUUGGCCACAAGGACACUUGUCGCCUCUUGGAGGUGUAUGUGAAGCGCAGCAUCAGUUUAAAUGAUGGGACAUGUGUGGGCCUGAGGUCACCAACAAAGCCUCAGAAGUGGGUGACACUGUCAGAGAAAUGCACAAGAGUCCGCAGGCAUUCUAGUGACACCUUGAUCAACUUAGGGCCCAGCACACCUGACGAGGGCAUUGCCAGUAGCACACCACCUGAUGAGGAAGUUGUUAUACCAAAUGUGUCUCUAGUAGAAAUCCCUGGGCCUGCUGACAUUCCUGAGAUUGAGACGUCUACUGAACUGGAGAAUAAGUCUAAAAAGGGCAAGAAGAAGAGCAAACAGACCUCUUUCUGGAAAGGUUUUCUGGGUUUUUUCUCGACGAAGGGGAGUGACAAGAAAGACGAGCAGGAGUCUGGCACAGAGAAAGAUGGACAGUCACAAGGAACCUUGCAGAAAAAGACAUCCAUAAGGCAAAGGAGCUCCAUGAGGAGACUAUCUCUGAGAAAAAUCAAGAUUGACAGCCACAGAGGGUCUGUGAAGAGACCAUUGGCUUUGGACAGGGCCAAGACCACUGACAUAACUGGAGUUGAAUCGGUUUUGAGUGUGGGGCCUACUGACUCGUACUAUGAGAAAGUUUCAGAAGAGCUGGAGAAGAUUGUGCAUGAGGUGAAAGAGAGAGAGACAGCUCUUACAGAUGAGGAUGUCAUCAAAAGGAUCAUUGUUCUGAUGAAGCAGCAAGGAGACCUCAUUGAUAACAAGCUGAAGGAGAACCCCAGCUUGAGCUCAUUCUUCCAGAAGCUGUCCUACAGCACCUUCCAGCAGUUAGCUGAUACGUACGUGGAAACAGAGACACCUACAGGCCAGAGCCGCCAGACACCACACACUGCUGGAUCUGGGCACGACAACGCCCCAGAGCUGGUCAAGCUUGCCUUCACUCUGGACUUCACAGCCAGGGUAGCCUUUCUCUCCAGGCAUUCCAAAGGUCACAUCAUGGGCCUGGGCCACCGCUACUUAGAAGACCGCUUCACCCAGACACAGGUUAAUCCAGAUCAGACGUUGCAUAACUAUGAUGAUCAUAAUCAUUGAUACAACGUCACAUGCAAAAAAGACUAACCACUGCAGGGGAAACCAAACAUCCUUGGUGGUGGAAAAGCACAUGGAGUGCUCCUCGAUUCCUUGUGACACAAAUGGAAUAGAUUACUUAAAGAUGACUGAAAAUGAAACCCAGAGGCAAGUCAUGAAGGGACCAUCACACACAACACUUAUAGUAGGCCUUGUACCUGUAAAUCUACACUAGGGUAAUCUGUGUAAUCACUAUGUUUACAGGUUAGUAAGUAAUGGAUAUGCAAUAUGGAGUUCUUACCACUUUUGGUACACUGUAUUUAUUUACCUAAAUUAUAAAAUAUAAUAUAUGCCAUUUAGCAGGCGCUUUUAUCCAGAGCAACUAAUCAUGUGUGCAUACAUUUUACGGGAAUUGAACCCACUAUGCUGGCAUUGCAGACGCCAUGCUCUACCAACCUACGCUACAGAGGACCACUAGUGAUAGUAAGUACUAUGUACUGUAACUGCAUUCACUAACUACCCUGCUACAAGGUACAGGUACAUAGGUUAUUACUCAUUCUUAAUCCUGGUUCUGGGGACACAAAGGUGUGCAUAUUUUAGUUUUUGCCAUAGCUCUACACACCCGAUUCCACUAAUCAAAGGUUUCAUGAUGAGUAAUCUAGGUGUGUUAGCUGGGGCUGGGACAAAACUGUGACACCAAUCAGGCCCUCGAGGACUGGAAUUGCCCACCCCUGUAGGGUAAUGCCUUGUUUCUGGAAAUUAUACUUAUGCAAUUUUGUGUCAACUAAAAAAGACAAAACCGAAUACUUGAGUAUCCCGAAUAAUAAUGGGAUAUUGGUGUGCAUUUAAACGUGGUCGUUGUGAUGCACCGAGGUCACAAACUCCAUUUUAGACGAGACUGAUUUUAUGACCAAAAUUAACCUAUUAACACUGUAGUCAAUUUUGACACUAGAAUAAAUGUUUCUGACUCAUAUUGUUGCCACAUAGGCUGUUUUCAAAGGGAUUAGUUGUUUUUUAGGGUCAGUCGCUCUUUAACAGACAUUCCCUGACAAACAUUUGGGCACAGAGUUUCUAAACCCAGAGGCGCAACAUCGUGAAACUUCUGGGAAUGCUUGCGAUACAGACCAGGCUGUGGUUAGAGAAGUCGAUGAGAGAAGUUAAAAAUCUAAAGGCACAACCUAGAAUCGAGUCAAUGCCUUAAGUAGUUGAACAUGUUAUUACUCCAAUCUCGUGAAAGUGACAAACUGACACGUACUUAUUUCCCUCAUUAAAAUGCAAAGAAUUUAAUAACAUUUUUGACGUGCGUUUUUCAGGAUUUUUUUGUUGUUAUUCUGUCUCUCACUGUUCAAAU